AGCACGCACAGAGUUGCGGGUUUGCUUCCCGGGUCUGGGCACCGGACCGGGGCCGGGCCUUCCUGCGGGUGUCAGGCCGCCCUGAUGGUUCCUCUUCCCGGGGAGGAGCGUCGGAGGAGGCCGGGCCGGACGCUGGAGGACAUGGAGGCUGCAGCCAGCGAGAGCACGCGGUGACUUCCUGGUAUGGACCCCGCCCACUCCGGAGAGGACAUGUCGCCUCUGUACGUACCGAGGAAGAGGAGGCCCGUCCAGCCGAAGAGCGGCGUCCCGUGUCCAGUCGUCCAGCGGAUUCCACCAAGACUCACCCAGGGUUCUGCGGUUCCUCAUCCUGAGAAUGACGAGUCUGAAAACGUGGAGGCUGCGAGGAUGAAGCGGACGUCGACGAGGAAACGGUACCAGGACCUCCAGUGCGUUUCCAUGGGAACUGUGGAUGACCCCGCCCCCACCUGCUCUGUGACGUCAUCAGGGGGCGUGGUAAAUGGCUUGGAGCAAGGCUCCAUGACUCCGCCCACCUCGAGGAAGCACAUGUGGCCUGAGGGGCCCGAGGGGGCCCGGGAGCCAGAGCUCCUCGGCUGGGCCCCGGGUCCAGACCCGCCCCAGGACCAGGUCUGGGAAGCCAACCGGGACAGAGCGUGGGGGGCCGGCAGCGACGGGGCCCACGGGGUGUCGGACCAAGCCUGGGUGGAGGACCGGGAGGGGGGGCCGGAGCCGGGCUGGAGAGCCGACAGGGACCGAGACCAGAACCAGAACCAGAACCAGGACCAGGCCUGGAACGGAAGCUCAGGUCCAGGAGGAGACCAGGAAGAGUGGACAGAAGGAGUCCAGGACCAGAACUGGAGCCACACAGGCACAGAGAGGGGGGACGUGUGGAGACCAGAUGUGAACAUGAAGAAGGUGCAGAGAGCUCCUCCAGGCAGUGCCUCCUCUCAGCCAGCAGGGGGCAGAAGCUCUGGUUCAGACGAAGCCCCUCAGACGUCCUCGUCCUCCAUCUGUCCCGAUCAGAAAGCUCUGAUCCUCCCGAGCAGGAAGGAGCCGCCCACCUAUCCUCCAGGGAGUGUGGAGGAGCGCUGGCAGCUGCAGAUCGUGGCCAGAGGGAGGGUGACCUGUCCUAAAUGUCGGAGUGUGAGCAGGAAGACGGUGGAGGGGCUGAAGAAGCACAUGGAGAACUGCAGGCUGCAGCCGUUCACCUGCCAGCACUGCGGGAAGCAGCUCAAGUCUUCCACCGGCAUGAAGUAUCACAUCAUGGCCGACCACAGCCACCUGCCGUCGCUGGAUGACGUCUCCGAGCUGGACGACCGAGCCAUCAAAGACAAGCUGCGUAAAGUCCUGAAGAGACUCGGGAAGCUGAAAUGCUCCAGAGAGGGCUGCGGCGCCGCCUUCAGCAGCAUCAUGGGAUACGUUUACCACAUGAAGAAGUGCGGGAAGGAGGAGGCGGAGCUUGAGAAGAUGCUGCUCAGCUGCUCCCACUGUGGGAAAAACUACAAGUCCAAGGCGGGUCUGGAGUACCACCUGAAGUCCGAGCACGCUCCCACGCCCCACAAGACGGAGGAGGACGAGGACGAGCAGGCCGGAGGGGAGACGGACCGGGAGAGGACGGCCAGCGGGCGAGUCCAGCGAGCCUCGGCUCAGGUGGCAAACUUCCACCUGGCAGAGAUCGCCAACAACGAUCUGCCCAAAGACUGGCCCAAGAGGAAGUUCCAGUCUGACCUGGUACCAGACGACAAGAAGCUGAAGUACGCGCGGCCGGGUCUGCCGGCCUUCAGUCAGGAGGUUCUGAGGAAGUGGAAGAACGAAGUGAAGCUGCAGAGGAAGGUCCAGUGUCCCAAUCAGGGUUGCGGCUGUACCUACACCAGUGUGUCUGGACUGAAAGCUCACCUGGGACUCUGCACACGGGGCGACUUUGAGGCUGGAAAAUACAGAUGUCUGAUCUGUAAUAAAGAGUUCAACUCUGAGAGCGGCGUGAAGUACCACAUCAACUCUGUUCAUUCACAGGAGUGGUUCGUCACCAACAAAAAAGCCUCCAAGAAGUUCGAGAAGUUCCUGAAAAACCAGCCGAAGGAGUUUGUGCACAGCGUGGACAAGCAGAGCGUGCCUCACCUCCAUCAUCACCACCUCCACCACCACCUGCAGCAUCAGCAGCAUUAUCAGCACCACCAUCACCAGCACCACCACCACCACCACCAUCCUCCUCCCCCUCAGCAGCUGCAGCCCCUGCAGCCGCUGCACCACCUGCAGCACCAGCCGCAGUUCCUCCACCCGGACAGGGCCUGCCUCCCCCACCAGGGGGAGCCGCCGCUCCUCUACACGCCUCUGGAGCCCCCGGCGGCGGCCGUGUGGGUGGAGAUGGAGCAGCGGGAGGACGAGCCGGGGCCGGAGCAGGCCCCCAUCGAGAUGGAGCUGGCCGUCAUCGACAAGGAGGAGGUGGAGGCGAUGGAGGAGGAGGAGGAGCGAGGCAGCCGGCAGCCAGUCAGAGUGGAGCCUGAAGGCACCCUGUGAAGAGCAAACUCCUCAGAACUCUGAUAGAAUCCAAUCCAGUUCAACUUUAUUUAUAUAGCGCCAGAUACAACACUGUCAUUUCAAGGCACUUUUACAGGAAGAAACCUGCAGAACCAGGCUCAGAGGUGGAGACUUUCUGCAGAACCAGGCCAGAGGAAGAGGCUUUCUGCUGUUGUGGUUGGGUUGAGGGGAUAGAAAGAGAGAAAAGAUGACGGCAGACUAUAGAGGCUGUAGUGAAACAACACCGUCAAACGUCCCACGCUGGUUCCCUCCCAGGUGGCUGCUGGUCCCCACAUGAACUCACAGUGGGACCUGGACUUCGCUGGUUCACUUCCGUGUUCAUGGUGGAGAAAAGAUCAAGAACCUGCAGACGUUCCACUGGGGUGACUUUAGCUGUAGUUUUCCUUCAGAAGGAACCGAGUGUUCACAGCUGUUCAGAGGCGUCAGGAGGAGAACGCAGGGGGAUCGUGGCUCCUGUCCUGUAGUCUCCAGAACCAGUCGGCCCUGUUUCCAUGACAACCAUCAGAGUAAACACAAAUUGUUCAUCUGUUUUCGUUUCAGAAAAGUUUCACGUUUACACAACAACGUUCUGAAAACGGUGUAGUUUUCAUGCUGGUCCACUAGUUGGUGCUGCUGUUUGUUUCUGUAAUGAAAACACACACACACACACACACACACACACACACACACACACACACACACACACACACACACACACACACACGCAGCAAAGAACAAUACACCAGACUAGAUCAUUAACAAGGGAGAACACAGACGUUCAUGUGGACAGACCACCGUGUCGGAUUGUUAUUACGGUGACUGUCAACUCUAAAACUACCAAGUCCAGGAGAAUCUGGACUGGAACCAGAACCAGGAUCAGGACCAUCAGCAGCACUUUCAAGCAGUUGUGUUUUCAGUCUUCUCUCUCGGGAGGAUUGUGUUACAGAAACACUGCUAUUAGCUGCAUGUGUUUCAGAAUUGCUGCCAUUUCUGUUUUUAAAGUCAAAACUUUUCUGUCGGAACACGAAGACGUUCUGGAACCAAAACACAGAAACUACGCAGUUUUCAGUCGAUUGUUGUGUGAACGGUUCAGAGAGCGAGCGAGACACUCCAGAGGUCAAAGCACAGAGAAGGAAGGUCAAGUGUAGGGAUGCACCGAUACUGAUACCAAUACCGGCAUCGGGUCCGAUACUGCAGAGUACUGGUACUCAGUAGGAGCGGGAUCCGCCGUUUGGAGAUUCUUUAAAAUUAAUGGAAGUGACAAACAUAAAACAGACAGAAAAUAUGUGGAGGAGGGGAAGAAGAUAUUUCAGCACCAGCAACUCAAUGAUAGAGAAGUUUGGAGCAGCAGAGUUAUGAUGGAACCCAUCAGUAGUUUAAAGGUGCAACAAGCAGCACUGUGUAACAACGUUCUCCCUCAUGAGAGCCGUCAGAGGCUGAUGGAGGCGACGUGGCGUCCGCUCAGUGACUUCUUUGUGUUUGGAGUCUGAAUUGAGGCCUGUUCAAACUCAAGGCGAAGGAUGGAAAACUUUGACAUGAACAGAACAGAACAGAACAGAAGGAUAAGACAGAACUUCUCUCAGCUCUCAACCAAGUCCAAAUCCGACAUUCUUCUGCUGUGAGUCCUCGAACUGUCCUGUGAUUGAUCAGACCGAAAACGAUCCGCCUCCAUCGCCUUUUCCUCCUGAACUGUGUUCUUCUUCCUUUUGGAGCAUAAACUAAGCUGAAUGACAUUUAGUAAGCACUCGUGUCAGUAAGUAUCUUGGACUGGGUUCUCGUAGUCAUUCUCGUCCUUUAAACAGUGUUAUCAGUGCAUCCCUGAAUGUUUUUCCACUUCCUGGUGGAGGUGUUUAACUCCGCCCACUGCUCCUCGUCUCUUCUCCACUCAGCCCAUGAGCCAAGGUGCUUUUCAGGAAACCUCGUUUCUGCUCCAGAUGUCUGCAGAACAGCUGUGAACAGGAUGUGGUGAGAGUCUCGUGUUUCCUGAGGACCUGAAACUGUGUGAGGCGACGUUAGCACGGUUAUCUCGAAGCUUCUAGCGGCUCAGUUCACCGUCCAGCAGCUGAUCUGUGUGUAUUUAACCUCUAGCAUGUAGCCUGACGUUCAUAGAGUCUACAUUUGAUAUCUAUGGUCGUCACAUCUGGUUACUCUUAGCUCCUGUUUUGUUGUUUGUUACUUUCUGCAUUUUCUGAAUGUGUUUGGUUCUCGGCCAGAUGAGCAAGGCAUUAAAGAGGAAAUCGCCCUUUAACCUGUGAAAGUGAGUAAAAGUGCUCCGUUAAUGAAAUCCAACCAGUGUUCAGUGUUUUACCUCCUCUUCAUCUUUCUCUCAUUCAUUUCCUAUUAUUCCUUUGUCGACGUGGAGAAACAUUCCAGUUCUUCCUCUCCAGGAUAGCCCAGAGACCCCGGAAAGAUUCCCCACUUGCUUUGUUUUGCUUUUUGUUCUCACUGCCCUUUCAAAAUCAGGCCAAACCGGCUGGACAGUGUCAGCUGCUGGGAGGCGCUUUUCACAGAUAAAAUAACAGAGAGCUGCACAGAACAAGGUAAAAGAACAGAAUUAGGCAUUUCAUAGAUUUCUCCAGUGAAAUAUUCAGCUCAAAGCUUCCUGGAAUAGAAGUGUGGGCUGCUGGUUGUUGGUGCUAUCGCCCGAAAUAAACACUGACCAGAGGAAGUAGAAACCCGGGUCGAUGAUGGAAAAAGGAAGUCCCGCCCCUUUGUCAGUGUUAUCCCAUUUCCUGUUAUCAAUGCCUUUCUUAUUACGCCUUCACUGAGUCAAAUGUUCUGAGCCUGUUUCAGCGUCGUCUCAGUUAGUUUUGAAUGAAACGAACCUGCACUUCAUAAAGCUGUUGUUUCAGGAGUGAGUAGAUAAUGAAGCGUUGCAUCU